AUGGAGCAUUUGCCAAUAUUAAAUAAGCCAAAAGUGUUUAUUGGGACAUCAAAAGUCUCACCUAUUAGUUCAGAUAUAACUUUACCAACAGUGACCCCAAGAAACCGAAUUGUGAAAAGACAAUAUUCUAAUCUGGGUAGGACAUUUAAUUUUCCAAAAGCAUAUUAUCAGCAAUAUCAUCGAAGAGAAAGAUCAAUGUUUGACUCUCCUACCAGAGAAGCAAGAAUGGCUAAAGAAAUAUCCCUAAAAAUACUAAGCUGUUUACUCUGCCCUAUUAUCUAAUAUUAUAUUAUUUUAGGAAUAUAUUAAACCCCUUUCAUUAAUUGGCUCCUUAUUUAAUUAUAAAAACAAUAGAAAAAAUCAAACGAAUGCAACAAAAAAUCUCAAAAGAGCGGAUAAUUCAAAACAUUUUUCAACAGUAUGGAACCCAAUUUAGUCCCAAAGAAAUAAAAAAUUUAACAGAAGAUGAUUUGCUUAAAAAAGCUUUAAAAAAGAAUUUAUAUUUAAAAGAAAAACAAGCUGCUGUGACUAUACAGAAUAAAUGAAAAAAAUAUAACUGAAAAAAGCUCCAAGAGCAGAUUCUACUCAAAAGAGAAAUUAGUGCAAAAAUGAUACAAAAUGCUUGAAAUAAAUACAAAGGCAUCAAGCUUGAGCCAAAGAAAUUGAGAAAAUCACAAAUAAAUGCAGCAAUAAUGAUUCAGAAAAUGUGAAAAGGGUAUAAAUCUAGGAGCAGCUAUAUGAUUAUUAAAGAAAAAAAUGAUUUAAUGAAAAAUUUGCAAUUUUUUGAAAAAAUUAAAGAGGAGAAUAGAAGAAUUAGUGCAAUUAAGAUCCAGAGAUGCUGGAGGAAUUAUAAACAGAGAAAAAUAAAUAAGAAAAUCAAGUUUAAUAGGCAGCAAAGUAUUGCUAAAAAAAUUAAAAAGAAAGUGACGAGCUCUGUGCAGCAUAAUCAAAAUAUCAAUUUUGAAGCUAAGCAUUGUCUUAAAGCACCUCCUGCAAUUAUAAGUGGCGCUCAGAACUCUCCUGAGAAAAUUCAUAAAAUAGCUAAGUCUGGUGGCCCUUCACCUGAGAUGAAGUCUGGUAAAGAUAGCACUAAUUAA